GCAGAGUCACCGCAGUGGCUGAGCUGCUGACAGGAGGCGGCGGCGGCGGAGGAGGAGGCGAGGCAAGACCUGCGGCUCCGCGGGGCCACUGCCGCCGUAGCUCUAGGCAACCCUACGUAGCUACGCCGGCCUCAGUCAACCCGCGAGCCCAUCGCCGCCUGUCCGUCCUUCCAUCCGCUCAUCCGCCCGACUGGUCUGGGCGGCCUAGUCUACAGCGUCUGCCGGGCUUCUGGGGCCGCCGCCCCGCGCGGUCCCCUCGGCGUCCUCUGGCCGCGCCCGGCCCCCGGCCCGCUCGCCCGCCGGCACCAUGAUGGAGGAGAUCGACCGGUUCCAGGUGCCCACCGCGCACUCGGAGAUGCAGCCGCUGCAGGACCCAGCCGCCGCCUCUGUCUCCGAUGGAGACUGUGACGCCCGGGAGGGUGAGUCAGUAGCCAUGAAUUACAAACCAUCCCCGCUCCACAUGAAGCUGGAGAAGCAAAGGGAGCUGGCCCGGAAGGGUUCCCUGAAGAAUGGCAGCAUGGGCAGCCCUGUCAACCAGCAACCCAAGAAGAACAAUGUCAUGGCCCGGACGAGGCUGGUCGUCCCUAAUAAAGGCUACUCCUCGCUUGACCAGAGCCCCGAUGAGAAGCCACUGGUAGCUCUUGACACAGACAGCGAUGAUGACUUUGACAUGUCCAGAUACUCUUCUUCUGGCUACUCCUCUGCGGAGCAGAUCAACCAAGAUCUCAACAUCCAGCUGCUGAAGGACGGCUACCGGCUAGACGAGAUCCCCGAUGACGAGGACCUGGACCUCAUACCCCCGAAGUCCGUGAACCCCACCUGCAUGUGCUGCCAGGCCACGUCCUCCACCGCCUGCCACAUUCAGUAGCGGGUGGGGUCGCCGCGCGGCGCGCGGGGCGGGGCUGGCCCGGGCAGGGUGGGACGCAGCAGGGGCGACCUCUACCCAGCUGGUCCACCGGUCCCUGGCCCCUCGCCCCUUACAGCCGCCAACCUCGUAACAGUCAUUGCUUCCUCCUAUGGUAGGACUUGUACCUCUGUGUGUUCAUGUAGCCGGAGAAACCAAAACCGGGUCUGUCUCCAGUCCCGGGGCUGAGGAGGGGUGGGCACACCCAAGAACCCUGCCACCUCUCCCAAGGCUGCAGUCAGGGGGCAGCACUGAAGGCCAAGAGGCCAACUGCAAGCAGUCCUGUGAAGGAAUCGCAAGGCCUGAGGGGUUGGCCCCACACCAGUGAAGCCAUAAAUCCCCCAAGCCCAGCCUGGAAAGGAAGGAAAGGGUUUGGAGAAGAGAAGGGCCCUAGUAAUGGGGCAGUUCUCAACAGCUCAGAGGCCCUCGCUGGCCCUGUGCCACAUACACCUAUUUGUGUUCUAGCCUCAUCUCCGGGUGGGAAGCCUGGCAGCGCUGUGUAGAGGAACACUGUCCCUGCGCUAGAGCACUGCCUUCUCCCUCACUCUUCCCCUGCUUCCUGGCUUUCUGAGGGUUGGGAGGGUAAGAUGGGCCUUAGAGAGGAGCCUCUAACCAAUGUGGCUGCCCCUCUGCCUCAUCCCUACCCCCAGUCUUCUGUCUGUCGGUUCCAGGCUGGAGGCAAGAGAGAAGGCUGGCCUCCAAUGCCCCAUUCCAUUUCACCCUAGCCCAAGGUCCGGGAGGCUGGCGUCUAGAAAGGGGCUCUUCAAAGAGCAAACUUAAGCGAAUACAAUGUACGGAUUGCCUGUAUAUAGAUGGUAGGUGGUGAGUGUGUGUGUGUGUGUGUGUGUGUGUGUGUGUGUGUGUGUGUGUGCGCGCGCGUGCGCACAUGUCUGUCCAGGUCAACCUGGUGGUCAGUCUGUGAUGGGGAGAUGACUGUGUUCUAUUAGUUGUGUGAAAUGCUGCUUGAGAGUACAGUGGACUGAGGGCAGGCAGAUGCGUGGGUUCUAGUCCCAGCUCUGGCAUUCUUCCUGAACUCUUGAGCAAUUCCCAGGCUUCUUCAGGGCUUCAGUUCUCUGAACUGAGAAAUAAAGAAUAGCUGAUAUUACUGACAGAGUCUUUUUAUACCUGAAGGAAUUUCCUCACAGAAAUUUCUGCAGAAGACUAUGUGUGUUUUUAAUUCAUGUAGGAGGUACCCUGAGUUUGUGUGUGUGCAUGUGGUGUGUGUGUGUGUGGCUGCACAGGGUGUCCUGCAUACUGUCGCUUUCUGCUGCUGUUGCUGCUCUGAGGGAGGAGCACUGAGGGUGCAAACUCAGUGAGGAGAUGGUGGCUCUCGCAUGGCUGAGGACAACUGAAAGCACACACAGCCUCACACUGCUAGGCCUGUGCCCCUCCAGCCUCCUCUCACUGAGCCAGUGUGGCCAGACUCCUUCAGACACCCAUACACGCUGUUGUUUCCACUGUCUGGGUGCCCCAUCCUGGGAGCUGGAGUGGGGCGGUGAGAAAAAGAGUGGAGCUGUUGGCUUCCAAAGGGAAGCAUCUCUUCCCCACACCACACCCAGGGGCUCCACACUCCAGGGUGCUGGAGUGUAGCUUUCCACUCCCCGCACCACCAGCCUGGCUUCCCUCCCCUAGUGCAGAGAUCCUAACUAGAUAAUGAGAAGGUGCAGAAGGCAAGUUAGAGAAAGCUUCUGCAGGGGCCACGAGCCCCAAAGUGGCCCACAUCUGAGCUCCCUCUUCCCCCUGCUUAGCACCCCCAGCACCCAUCAUCUGGGCCUCAGAACUGGAACUCCUAGCACCCCACCCCACAGGCUCUUUGACUCAGCCUUCUGGAGCAUGGGUACCUCCUGUCUGUAGACUGCUGCCUUCGCUGCUCACUUCUGCGGGCUCUUACUAAGUGUCUGCGGUCCUGAGAUCCAGGGGAAAGCCCCCUCCCACAGGAAACACUAGUUCACUAGCCGGCAGGGCUUUAGACUGAGGUGGUAUUCCACAGCAGGUAGGGUAAGAAGCUGGCCUCUGAGUCCAAGGAGAGCACACAGUCCCCGCUCCCCGUCUGGAAGUUGAAGGGGAAGAGCCAGGGCAUUGGCUUGCUCCUGCCCCCACCCCUGUAGAUACUGCCUUAACACUCCCCCACCCUCGGCUGCAGCUGCCACCCAGCCAGGUUUCUCCGAGCUCACUAAUUUAUUUCCAAGAAGGUGUGCGGAAGACAUGAGCCGUGUAUAAUAUUUUUUUUAACAUUUCCAUCGCAGUAUUGACCAUCAUCCUUAGUUGUGUAUUGUGUAACACAAAUAAUGAUAUUAAAAGCAUCAAACA